UGGCGUUUUUUUUGUUUUGUUUUUCUCAAAUUGUAAUAAUGAGUCAACGACAGGUUUUACAAGGUAAGAUCAUUCGAAGUUGCAAGUUUUCACGACUGUUUUCAAGACUGUUUUGAUUGAACACCAAUCAGUGCCAGGCAAAACUUGAAAAACAUGAUGACUCAGAUUGAUCAGUUGUUGAAAUAUUAAUGGAUCUAUUUUUUAGUGUUUGAGCAGUAUCAGAAAUCAAGGACACAGUUUGUGCAGACUAUUGCUGAGCUUGCAACAAGACCACAAAACAUUGAAACUUUACAAAAUGCUGGUAAGUUGGGACUUUCUCUAUAAUUUCUCUAUAAUUUCCUAAAACCAAUAUCAUUUUUUCAUGGAUGUGCUUCUGAUCACAUUUCUAUCGCUAGAGUUAGCUCUUAUAACAAGACACAAUUCCUUCCCUACCAUACCUGUCCCUCCUCUAGGUGUGAUGUCCCUGCUGAGGCCUUUACUGCUAGAUGUGGUUCCUACCAUCCAGCAGACAACUGCUCUGGCUCUGGGACGACUGGCCAACUACAAUGACGACCUGGCAAAGGCCAUCGUCAAUGGAGACAUCCUCCCACAGCUCGUCUACUCCCUGACCGAGCAGAACGUAUGUCUCUCUCUCUGUGUGUGUGUGUGUGUGUGUACACCUACAUACCCUCCCUCAUUCACCAUGCUGAAUGGUGUCCCUGACACUGAGAGUGUGUUGGCAUUCUGCCCUGGGAAGGGGGCCACUGCAGAGCCUAAAGUACCCUUCACACCACAGCGGGGCCUCUCUCUCUAUCUGGUAUCUGUCUUCUCAUAGGGAUCUGGGUGGUUGGCCACUGCUCUGAAUGUAUACUCUUUCUUAAGAGCAUCUGCUAAUUGUGCAUUACAUAUUUUCUUCUCCCAUCUGUGUGUGUGUGUGUUUGUGUGUGUCUUUGUGUGUGUGUAGAGGUUCUAUAAGAAGGCAGCAGCGUUUGUGCUGCGUGCGGUGGCCAAGCACAGCCCUGCUCUGGCCCAGGCCGUGGUAGACUGUGGAGCGCUGGACGCUCUGGUCAUCUCUCUGGAGGAGUUUGACCCUGGGGUCAAGGAGGCUGCUGCCUGGGCUCUGGGAUACAUUGCACGCCACAACGCACGUAAGGAUAUAGUACACACACACACACACACACACACACACACACACACACACACACACACACACACACACAUAGCAACACCCCUGCCCUUUCUGUAUGUAGACCUGUCUCAGGCGGUAGUGGACGCGGGGGCCGUUCCUCUGCUGGUGCUGUGUAUCCAGGAACCAGAGGUGGCCCUGAAACGCAUUGCUGCCUCUGCCCUUAGCGACAUCGCCAAGCACUCCCCUGAGCUAGCUCAGACCGUGGUCGACACCGGCGCCAUCGCACACCUGGCCCAGAUGAUCCUCAACCCUGAUGCCAAACUGAAGGUGAGGGGGCAGGAACACUGAGACAAAAUAAGGCCUAGCUAGACAGGUUUGCAGGUUAACUGUAUGUCAUGUGGAGAGACAUAAACGAGAUUAGGUUAGAUGUUACAGUCGUCUCUAAAACCCUGCAUCCCGCUCUCUUUCUUUCCUCCCUCUGCUCUUCUUCAAUUCCUCUCCCUCCCCAUCUCCCCUGUAUCCUCCCCUCUCCAUUCAGAGGCAGGUGUUCUCUGCCCUGAGUCAGAUCAGUAAGCACUCGGUGGACCUGGCUGAGAUGGUGGUGGAGGCAGAGAUCUUCCCUGCUGUCCUGGCCUGCCUCCGAGACCCAGACGAGUAUGUCAGGAAGAAUGUCACCACACUGAUGAGAGAGAUCACGAAACACACACCUGAGGUACACACACACACCAAACAUCAGAGGUACACACACACACCAAACAUCAGAGGUACACACACACACCAAACAUCAGAGGUACACACACACACCAAACAUCAGAGGUACACACACACACCAAACGUCAGAGGUACACAGACGAUACACACACCACAGUUCAAAGCACACAUUCAUCUACGCCGAACACACCACACACUAGAGGUACCAAACCAUAUUCUCACCUAUAUCCCUACCUUCAACUGAAUGUGUGUGUGUGUACAGCUGUCUCUGAUGAUCGUGAACGCGGGUGGUGUGGCGGCGGUGAUUGACUACCUGGGUGAUUGCCGUGGUAACGUGCGGUUACCUGGGAUCAUGAUGCUUGGAUAUGUGGCCGCUCACUCUGAAAACCUUGCCAUGGCCGUCAUCGUGUCUAAGGUGUGUGUGUACUGUGUAUGACUCCAAGGUGUGUGUGUGUUUGUGUGUGCACUGUCUCCAAGGUGUUUGCUCUUGCUCCCUGCCUCUCCUUCAUAACCUCUCUCCUCCUCCCUCCCUCCUUCCCUUUACUUCAUAACCUCUCUCCUCCUCCUCCUCCUUCCCUCUCCUUCAUAACCUCUCUCCUCCUUCCCUCUCCUUCUUAACCUCUCUCCUCCUUCCCUCUCCUUCAUAACCUCUCUCCUCCUCCUUCCCUCUCCUUCAUAACCUCUCUCCUCCUUCCCACUCCUUCAUAACCUCUCUCCUCCUCCCUCCUUCCCUCUCCUUCAUAACCUCUUUCCUCCUCCCUCCUUCCCUCUCCUUCAUAACCUCUCUCCUCCUCCCUCCUUCCCUCUCCUUCAUUACCUCUCUCCUCCUCCUCCUCCUCCUUCCCUCUCCUUCAUAACCUCUCGCCUCAGCCUGUCCUCCCUGGUUGUUGUUGCUCCUCCGGCCCUGUAGGGGGUGCCCCAGCUGGCCAUCUGUCUGUCUGAGGAGCCAGAGGAACACAUCAAGGCGGCCACAGCGUGGGCGUUUGGCCAGAUCGGCCGCCACACCCCGGAGCACGCCAGGGCCGUGUCCACAGCUAACGUCCUGCCCAAGCUGCUGGCCCUCUGCAUGGACACAGACAGCUCUGAGGACUUGCAGGUCAAGGUAGGGUCACAGGUCAUAGGUCAAUGUUGUCACAGGUUACCAGAAGCCUGUGUAGUAGGCACGGAUGCUACUGAAGAUCUUACUAAACAAUUCUGAGGGUCAUAAGAGCUGCAGACAGUAAGACCAUAACAUAUCCUGUAUCAUCCUGAGUCCUGACAUCUCCCCCUCCCUCCCUCCCUCCCUCCCUCCCUCCCUCCCUCCCUCCCUCCCUCCCUCCCCCCCCUCCCUCCCUCCCUCCCUCCUCCUGUCCCCCAGGCUAAGAAGGCUCUGAAGAGCAUCCUACAGAAGUGCACCUACCUGCCUGCUCUGGAGCCCCUGCUCUACGAAGCUCCCAGCAACAUCCUGAAACACGUUGUCUGCCAGUUCAGCAAGGUGGGGGCGCAUUUCUCAACACUUAUUUGCAUAGGCCUCUUCAGACUACUAGGUAUCACAGAACAUAUCCACAAGGGCCCCACACAGCCUAAUACUAUUUUCUUUCUGAAAAUCAGAAUGUUUAAAUACAGAUAAGUCUAGGACUAUUUUUAAACAUGUUUGAGAAAUACAAUUUUAAUCAGUCCAGUUUAUAAGUGCAAUUUAGUCCAAGACUUGAUUUAAUUUAUGUCUGGGAAACCAGCCCUAAAGGUUUGGUUCAGACAGCCCAGGGUUUCAAAGUCCAGUGCAUUGUAUUCCUUGUAUCCUCCCCCCCUCCCCUCCUCUCCCCCUCUCCAGGUGCUGCCCCAUGACAGCAAGGCUCGUCGUCUGUUUGUGACCAGCGGAGGCCUGAAGAAGGUUCAGGAGAUUAAGGCUGAUCCUGGAUCUGCCCUGCAGGAGUACAUCAACUCUAUCAACAACUGUUACCCUGAGGAGAUAGUCAGGUACUCACACACAAUCACACUCAAAAACAUGAUAUUAAUCUAGCAUGUUUCUACUACCAGGCAUUCCCUCAGCCCCAAGUGAACCCUAAUUGUGUCCUCUGUCCUCUUGCUGUAGGUACUACUCCCCCGGCUACUCAGAGACUCUGCUGGAGCGGGUAGAGAAGUACCAGCCUGUCUGAGGGUCUUAGCCUAACCUACUGGGGGGAGAUGGGCUCACAUACCCCACCUUACUGAUUUUACCAUUUCACCCCAAUCCAUGAAUAUGAGGACAGCAGACCUAUAUAAAACAAUCUCUUAUUAUUGCAGUGAUUAUGAGUCUUUGUCUCAAUGGCCAGUACAUUAUCAUAUGGACUGUAUAUGCAUUGUCAUAGCUGUGUAGGUCUGUGUUAGCAUUUGUUAAGAGGAAUGAGGAAUUGCAUCAUUAUCUUGCUCAAAUUAAAUCAUUAACUUGCUCAACAGUGUACUCUGUAUGUCUAAACAAGUAACUUAUUAGUAUUGAACCAACUUCUAUUGAACCAUUGUAUAUGCACCUAGUCUUGUGUUUGUUUUAAUAUUCAUAUGAUUAUUUUAUAUUCAUAGGAUAUAUGAUUAUUUCCACUAGAAAUGUAAUGUUGCGUGCAUUAUUGCUUUUUGGAUUAUAGAAACAUCAUCAUCCAGCAUGCAUGUCUUUAAAAAACAACAACAACAUUAUAAUACAUUAAACGUAACUGCCUAUCACCAUAAAGAUUUUUCAUUAAAACAGGAC